AUAAAACAUGAGAUUUGAAUCCCAUGAGCAUUGAACAUGAGAUUUAAAUCCCAACAGAUCAUUCUCUUUUGCCUUUCCCCAUUUCAUACACUUCUUUUUUUUGCAACCAUAUCUUGCUUGCAUAUCCAACUUACCCAAUUCCUCCUUUCUCAAGUUUUCUAUAUUCUCCAUCCCCUUCUCUCUUUUCGUCUCUCUUCGAUCCAAGAAAGAUACGAUUCUUCCUCUAGGUAUAUUAUAUAUAAAAUAAAUAUGCAGAGAAAGGACGUACAAGCUUCUUUUUUGCAGUACCUCCACCAUUUCUGUUCCUCUUGGGUAGUAUAUCUUGGCUUCUGCAUCAUUGUUUCCAGCCUCAAAGAAAACCCGCAAUCACAAGAGUGCACAAGAAGAGAAGUAGCUAGGAGAGAUGGGUGUUGGCUCGCUUCGGCAUUCUGCGUUGUUUUUCUUGUUUUUUUGCUUUAGUUCGGGUUCAAGUGUUCCAAAGAAUCCUCUUUUGGAAGCAACCCACCAAAGAAGAACGCAAGUGAAUCAAGAAAAGCAUAUACUUUCUGCAUCUUCGGUGUAUACUACGCAGCUCGAUAAUAUUCCCACCGUCAAUCCAAGUACUCUACCAACAACUCCCACACCGUUUGUGAACCCGACAUACCCACCAUCACCAACCACAACAGACCCAACCACAACUCCAAUCCCAAUACCACCGACCCUGACCCCGACAACUCCCACCACGACUCCCACCACGACUCCAUCAUCAGGUGGUACUUGGUGUAUUGCAAGCCAAUCUGCGGCACAGAAUGCCUUGCAGGUAGCUCUUGAUUAUGCUUGUGGCUAUGGAGCUGCAGACUGUUCAGCAAUUAAUCAGGGUGGAAGCUGUUAUAACCCAAACACUCUUCAAGGUCAUGCUUCCUACGCCUUCAAUGACUACUAUCAGAAGCACCCAUCUCCUACCAGCUGCAGUUUCGGCGGAACAGCUCAACUCAGCAACACUGACCCAAGUACUGGUAGCUGUCGCUUUGCAGCUUCCUCAUCAUCAACCAGCAUGAACUCACCACCAACGCCAACAAUGUCGCCACCAACGCCAAUGAUGUCAACAACGCCAUCAACACCAACAAUGCCAACAACAACAACAUCACCAUACACCCCAAGCAUCGCUACACCAGGUGGAGGAUCAACAAUUUAUGGUGACUCGCCAACAGAUUCCCCGAACUCAGCAACCUCAAUCUCAUCUUGCAUGUUGCUGCUAUUCAUCAUGACUGGGAUCUUGGGGUCACUUCUCGCAGAAAAUUAUGUCUAAAGGGAAACUACGUUUCAGCUCCUCUAUAUGCAAUUUGAUGGCAAGCCAUUCACUUGCCAGCAUCCUACAUAAAUUUCAACGAGGCCCCGAGACUCAAAACAAGCUACUAUGUUACCCCUAGGCCUUGUUCCUCACCAUUUAAAUUACUGCCAUACUUCGUCAAUGUAUUACCCAAUCAUUGACUAUUAAGCCUAAGGACAGAAAAGCAUAGAUAUUUUUUAGGUUCUUGUACUUGUAGACAUAUAGGUCCCUUAUCUGCAGUUUUAGUACAAUAAAUUAUUAGUUAA